AUGGCCACAUACAAAUUAUCAAGUGAAUCCUUCAUGUCAUUCAUGCUCUUCAUCUCUUUCACAUCUCUUAUCUCACUUUGUCUUCUUUCGGAGGCUUGUCAUGUGGUGGACAAAGAAGCACUGCUACAAUUCAAGAGCAGAAUUAGCCAGGACCCUUCAAACAUUCUGGGUUCUUGGACAUCUUCCUCUCACUGUUGUCAUGAUUGGGAAGGCAUCACAUGUGAUUCCACAGGCAGGGUUAUUAAUGUCACUCGUACUGGCAUGUUUUAUGAGCAUGGCUUUCCCCUAGUAACAUCCAUGUCGGGAACAUUAUCACCUUAUCUUGGAAACUUAGCAUAUCUACAAAUUUUGGACCUCAGAGGUCUGCAGGAGUUGCAUGGUGGUAUACCAGAAGAAUUCAAUAAGCUUUCCAAGCUUGAAACAUUGUACCUUGACAGAAAUCAGUUAUCUGGCAAUGUUCCUUCAUCUCUGUUUGGAUCUAUGAAGUCUCUUUCAGGACUUGGUCUGUCUGAGAAUAAACUUUCUGGUUCUAUUCCAUCUUCUAUUGGAAGCUUGACAUCUCUCACAAACAUUGAUCUUCAUCAAAACAAAUUUGGUGGUAGUAUUCCUGCAAGCAUUGGAAAUCUUAGAAAUCUCAAAGAAUUAGAUCUCUCUGGUAAUCAGAUUAGAGGAAGUAUUCCUGAAUCAAUUGGUAGUCUUUCACAAUUAGGUACAUUGGAUCUUAUGCAAAACAAGAUUACAGGAAGCCUUCCUAAUUCAAUUGGGGGCCUUAGUUCUCUAACGUUUUGCAGGAUAUCAGAAAACAUGCUAACAGGCAUUUUACCUUCUUCCAUUGGAAAGCUCAGGAAUUUACAAACCUUAAAUCUUCAGAACAACAAAAUCACUGGGAGGUUACCUUCUGAAAUUGGCCAUCUAACCGGUUUAAUUGACUUAUUUCUUUCAAAUAACAAAUUUGCAGGCGGAUUUCCACGUACCAUAGGCUAUUUAAUCAACCUGGAAACAAUAUAUUUGUCAGGAAACCAACUUUCUGGGAAUAUAUCUGAAGAGCUUGGUGAUGCUAAAGCUUUAGAAAAGAUUUAUCUUUCAAAUAACAAGUUAAGUGGCAACAUACCAGAAAAGGUCAUAAAUUUGAAGAGCCUAUUGGAGUUUGAUGUUUCAUGGAACUCACUUACAGGAAGUAUCCCUCCGCAUAAGGCCAUUAUCGACACGUCAGCUUUUGUGGGUAAUCCUGGACUAAUUAUGGUUCGUCCAAGAGGGACUCCUGAUCCUCCAGUUGACCAGGAAGAUCCUACUUUAGCAGUUAUGGCUAGGCCACUAGUAAAUUGUCGAGGGAGUACUUCGCAGCCGGAUCCUAUGUUGACGGCUCUUACUGCAUUGCAGCAGACUAUGGCUGCAACAAGACAGCAGGAACUUGAAUUAAUAAUGAAAGCUAAUCAAGAUAUGUUGACAGUAAAUAGAUUGGCAAAUGUUGAAAUGAUGAGAUUACUUUUAGCCGAGGUGAGGGCUGGUGGGCAAGGAAACUCUUCUAACACUUUUAUUGCACUUAUCAAGAAGUGUAAACAUAUCCAAGAGUAUUAUCGAAAAAAGAACAAGGACCAAGUUGCUCUUAAUCCUGGUCCUAAAAACACUACCGGGGGUUCUAAAGGUAAAGGUUUGCAGGUAAAACAGUUAGAUGGCAAAUUCAAAAAGGCUGGAAAUUCUAAGUCCGGCAAUUUUAAAGUUGUUGCUCAGUGCGCUACUUGUGGUAAGCCUCAUUCUAGGGCUAUUCCGGCUCCUAUUGUGGUUGAGGAACCAUCUCUACCUCUUCUACCUCUCGUUGCCCGAGUGUAUGCAGUGACUCAGCAAGAGGCUGAGAGGUCCGCUAGUUUGGUGUGA